AUGACCAAGUCGUGGCUGGUCACAGGCUCCUCGCGCGGUCUUGGCCGCGUCCUUGUCAAGGCCAUCCUCGCAUCAGGCGAUCGAGUCGCCGCAACCGCGCGCAAGAUCGAACAUCUAGAUGACCUCGCAGCACAGUAUGGUGCUGACAAGUUGCUCACUCUUGCCCUCGACGUCACCAAUGUUGAACAGGCGCACCAAGUUGUGACUCAAGUCAAGCAAACCUUUGGCAGGAUCGAUGUCGUAGUCAACAACGCAGGCUACGCCGAUGUAGCCUCCAUUGAAGACAUGACUAUAGACUCGUUCCGCGAGCAAUUUGAAACCAACUUCUUCGGCGUCGUCAACAUCACUAAGGCGGUGCUACCCAUUCUUCGCGAGCAAGGAUCCGGCCACAUCAUGCAAGUGUCUUCAGUGGGUGGACGCACAGGCAGUCCUGGUCUUGGGUCAUAUCAGAGUGCUAAAUGGGCUGUGGGGGGCUUCUCGACUGUGUUAUCGAGAGAGGUUGCGCAACUAGGGAUCAGAGUCACCGUCUUGGAGCCUGGUGGCAUGAAGACGGAUUGGGCAGGUUCGUCGAUGGGGAUGGGAGUGAUCAGCGAGCCGUACCGCGACAGCAUAGCCAAGUUUUCAGCCCUGAGACAAAAGCUGAGCGCGAACUGGACUGACCCGGCUCUAGUAGCUGAAGCUAUAGUUUUUAUUGCUAGUGUUCCGGAGCCACCGCUGCGGCUGCUCCUCGGGCCUGACACGCCUGGUGUUGCUGCUACGGAGGCACAGGCGGUUGCCCAGUCGGACGAAAAGUGGCGAGACGUCACGAUGUUGAAGCAGUGGUUGUCAUAG